UUUGAAUAGCGUUGCCACCUGAAAGAGAAAGCUAGAAACCUGCUUUUCUUUUCAAAAUAAAAUUCACUAGUUCUGAACUAGCACUUAAUACAGCAGUUACGAUUAAUGUUUCCAUCAGGUCGAACUAAAUUUCACGAGAACGAGAUUUUUACUCUAGGUAAAUGACAUUAUCAUUAUAAGCUUUCCACAUUUUCUUUCUUUUUCACUGGAGAGGAUAAAGGAAACUAAUUGACAUACUUUGUAAUCCAUAUUUUAAGAUAGAUUACCAGAAGCUGCUUGAUGGAGAAUCUCAACGAUAUGCUCUUUGACAUUACCGGACUAGGUCAAACCGACAUUAAAUCACAUAUUUUCUCUGGCUGAUAAUUAUCUAAACAACUCUCUUGGUUAUAAGGAUAUUACCUAAAGACAGCCACUCCAAGCAUGAUAUCGAAAACUUCUGCGACUAUUUUUGUAAUGAAAAGCGUUCGAACCACCGAAUGAUUUCUGAUUGAUCACAUUUUUUGACGCAGGUCACGACAUACUUGUUCAACAAAAUGAGGCGCCAUUUUUUGCGCCUAAUAACACUCUACGCAUUGGCAACGCUACCAGGGUUGUCAGGUGUCAAGCUCGAACUGCCAAAGCAGCCACAAAUCUGUAAUAGCGAAAUGUGUGAAUGCACUACUGUGAACUUCGAAUGCCGCUUAAAGGGUAAAUUCAGCUUAGUCAACGUAGAAGCCAGAAUACAAACAUGGGACGACCGCACCGAUCUCGUCACCGUGUACGAAUUAAAUAUAACUUGCGUAUAUGAACCUGAGGAUCUAAAUGUGGUGCUAAAUAUGAUGCCACCCGUAAGGUUAGCAGAUCCCACAGAAUAUUAUUUGAAAAACUGUUUGGAAUACCCCGCUUUACUGCAGCAGUCGCAUGCAACAUACGAAGGUAUUGUGGAAUUCGAUCAAUUCUUAGAGACUCCGCCGCGAUUUUUCAAUCAAACGCCAGUUUUGCAGAAGUUGACCGUGCCAGUGAGAUUAAUUUAUGUCAAGAACCCAUUACCCCCGCAACUAUUUCAUAAUUUAACGAAUUUGCAGCAUUUGAAAUUGAAGAUUUACACUGCGUAUCCAGAAGUACGCUAUCCGCUCGAGCUUUUGCACACACUGUACAAUUUGGAAACACUCUCCAUAGAGCUCAUAGCGCUGCAAACAAGCGUACGCGACAUACAAAGCGAGCAUUUUCGCGAUCUGCGCUCGCUAAAACAAUUGAAUUUAGACGCAAAUCAUAUGAUGGCGCUACCUGGCGAACUCUUCACGACACUACCAGAGUUGAGACGUCUGAGCUUGCGACUGAAUAGCCUAGAGGAGCUGCCGCGUGAUUUGUUACGUAUGCAGCAUAAACUGCUACUGCUAGAUCUGUCAGAGAAUCACUUAAGCGCAUUACCCAAAGGCAUAUUUGACAAUACUCCGCUGCUCUGGGAGCUCAUACUCGCGCAAAAUAGAUUCAGUGUACCGACAAGUAUUAUAGAAAAUGUGCAUGCGCUUAGUUACUUGCGCAAAAUCGAUUUGGGCUAUAAUGGCUUAGAGACAAUUUGGGGCACAGAUAUUUACCGCAAUCACACGCUUUUCACACGCGCCCGUAUUACUGAUGUGCAAGCGCUGACCAAUUUCAAGCAGAUGGCUAUGUAUGUCGCGGGCUUGCGUGAGGUUGAGCCACUGAACUAUACAGAGGUGAUACUGAGAGCUAAUCAACUCACAUACUUUUCAUUGGACUGGAUUGCGGCAGCAGGCAUCAGCUGCCCCUACUAUAUUGAUCUCGCAAGGAACAACAUACGCCAUGUACAUGCGCUCUUGUCACCAACAAAAGCAACUUGUCUGCAAGAAGUGCACUUAGUGCAUAACCCGCUAGCGUGUGAUUGUGAACUAGCUUGGAUCUACAAUACAAAUUUGCUUGUAAUUGGCGUUAAGUGGCAGUGCGCGACGCCGGAGCGCUUGUACGGUAGCGAUUUACAAAAUUUGCGCAGCGACGCGCUUUGCGAGUGGUCACCUGCCUGGUGUCCAUUGAAAUGCCGUUGUACACGGCAUAUGAAUGCGCUACUAAUCGAUUGCAGUGCAGCAGCGCUACAAGCGCUUAGUCAGCUGCCGCGUCCCGAACAGCUGUCGCUCGCGGAGACUACGCUCAAUCUUACGCACAACCACUUUCGCGAGUUGCCACCGAAUACCACCUUCGGUUAUGCGAAUGUUACGCGCCUAUAUGCGGCGCACAAUCGUCUAAAUAUGCUGCUGUCAAUACAUUUGCCACCAGCAUUGCGCAUCUUAGAUCUGCGCACGAAUCAACUGGAGCGCUUGGGUGAGAACUUUCUGCGCGCCUAUCUAAACGACAGCGCCACGCUAACGGCGCUUUAUCUCUCCGACAAUCCCUGGCUGUGCGAUUGCGCAACAGAGCUUUUCUUGUAUACGCUGCGCGUACACCGCAGUCGCAUACCAGAUAUCGAGGAAUUGUUUUGUGCAAAUCUUCCGAACAUAACGCUCGCGAAUGCGACUUUCACGGAUAUUUGUAUGCUACCCAGCAGCAGUUGGGCUUUAAUGACACAGCUCUCUGCUACUUUUCUUACAAUACUUACACUCUUGACUUGCAUUACAUUGUAUUAUAAAUACGAGUUGGAGCUAAAGAUUUGGUUGCAUGCGCAUAAUGUGAACAUUGCUUGUUGCUGCAUUGAUGAAAUCGACUGUAACAAAACUUUUGAUGCCUUCAUCUCAUAUGCGCACGAGCAGUCAGACUACGUGAACCAGGUACUCGUACCUGGGCUGGAGAAAACGGCACCAUACUUUCGCAUAUGCACACAUGAACGCAAUUGGCUCGCUGGCGCUUACAUACCAGAGCAAAUUGUUGAGUCAGUUGCGCAAUCGCGUCGCACUAUCAUUGUGCUCUCGCAGGAUUUUAUUGCAUCGCUUUGGGCGCGCAUGGAAUUCAAGACGGCGCAUCAGUUUGCUGUAAACGAACGUCGUGCGCGCAUCAUUAUUAUUAAGUAUGGUGAGAUUGGCGAUAUGACGGGGCUUGACAGCGAAUUACAGGCUUAUUUGCGUAUGAACACCUACCUGGAGUCGGAAGAUCUGCGCUUCUGGCAGAAACUGCGCUACGCUAUGCCACAUCGCAGAGGCGAAGGCAGGAAAGCCGGUAUGCUCGAGGUGGGCGAAAGAGUUUAUGUGCGUGGACAAGUGGAGUUGAAUCAGAUGGCGAUUAAUAAAUAAAUGUGGACUAGCAAAUUAAUAUUUAAAUCUCAUUUUUGUCACAAAGUACUUGCGUUUUAUGGAAAGUAAAUAAAAGCUUAGCAGAUUUUUGGAAUUUUAAAACAAAA